AUUUUUUAAUUUUUUUGAAUUAUAUAUAUAUAAAAUAUACAUAUUGAUUGUAAAACAUAUGAUCGUAUAGUAAAUUUAAACAAGCAGCAAGGUUAAAUAGUGCUUGAGUUUUUUUAUUAUUUAUAUUAUUAUUGUUAAAGCCUAGCUGUAUCAAAUACUCAUCAAAAAUUAAAAAUAUUGAAUUAGAAAGAGAUUACAUUUUGAUCACUUAGAUUUUAAUCCUAAUCCAUUUUAUUCAAGUUAGUUAAAUUCUAAUCUUUAAUUUACAAUCUUUUAUUUAAUAUUGUAAAAACAAAUAAAAUUAAAAUUUUAUUUUUUACAUGAUUGCCGGAUAAUAUCCCUAUCCGACAUUCCUAUUCACUAUUCACAUCCCUAAUAAUGUGUGUUUUAAUAGAAAACUUUUAACCGUAUCUGAAACCUAAGACUCUAUAUAUCCUAUUGCAGAUCGAUAUGUGCAUGGUAACAAACCUGAGAAUAUUAUUUUACACAUUAGCGACAUAUGAGUUAAUAUAAUUUUAAUUUCCAAUCAAGAAACAACGAAUUCCUCGAUAUCUAAUCGAGAUUUAUUCAUAUUUCAUUAUUUGUAUCUUCUGUUUGCUUAUUUUAUGCAACGCAGCUUUCUGUUUUAUUAUCUUUACAAUUAUCGUCGAACGUGCGUGGACAACGAAAAUUUGUGAAUACGUCCAAGUGUUUCGCAAAGAAUUUAUCUCUUUCGUGCAAAUCAAAUAACGUGCUUAUCAAAUGUUUAAAGAAAUAUUAAUACGUUAAUACUGUCAAGUCCGCGACAAUGUUGUAACAGUGUACGUGACACGCGAGAAUUUGGCGCUACAAUAAUUUACGUUAGAACAAAAACAAAUAAAAUCUGUCGGAUUCCUAGGUGACUAUUUUGAUCGGGAUAAUUCUUUUUUUCAGUUAUUUUAUUAUAAGUUAUUUUAUAAUAACUCAGAUAUUGUCAGAAACACUCUGAAAGCUUUGUGAGCAUACUAAAACUCCAAUCCUGAUCAGACGCAAAAAGAUAUAAGAUAUAAAAUAAGAUAAUAAUAUAAUAAUAAUAAUAACAAUUGCUAAUCUAUUUAACUUUUUAUUUUGUUUUAAAUUUGCAAUUGGAAAAUUCAUCGGGCAGAAAAAGCAUUCGUGUCUUUGGUUCCACGAGAUAAACGAUCGACUCUAAAAAAAUCGGACAGUAUUCCACAUGGAUCUCCCGGAAGUAUGCAUGUUUCAGAAAUAACGGAAGCAGACUGGUCACGAGUGGGAAAACUAAGUGGCUCGAGGGCGCCGAUCGGGCUUGUCACGGUUCUGCUCUCCCGCUCCGCGGCGACAAGAAGCGUCGAGGAGCAAGACGCAUUCGGCGUUUAGUUUAGUUCUCCGUGAUCGCUCGAUCAGGUGGGAUCGAGCGAAAUUUGCUCGCGUCCGCGCCUCGUCGUCACAUUCUAGCGAUCGUACUCGCAUCUCAAUAGAAAAAAAAAGGAAAGUAAUAAAAUAAAUCGUACAUCACUGGAUUAUCGUGACGUUGUGCCCUCCGAGGAAAACGAGGUACCGAAUAUUUCACUGGGAAGGGAAAUCACCGAUAAUGAUUCAGCGGAUUCCUUAUUGAAUAGAUCAGUACGUCGGAUCGACUAUCAGACAUGCGUUGGUUUCGCGGCCACGCCGAGGCACCGAGACUCCUGCGCCUAAGUCCCCUUCGAGCCGACGAGGAUGUCAACGAGACAUCCUACCAUUUCCAUGCGAGAACUCGAUGCAGAGAUAUAUCGCCAGUGCGAUGGGCCCGGAGAAAAUCAUCGAGUUCCGAAUCCGAGAGAAAUUGCUACAAUGUGCAAACCUCCCAAGUGACGACCGAGCGAACUGCCAACAAGAAGGACAAGAAGAAAAUUCAGGAAGAACGACGAAGAGUAUGCGAGAAGCGGAAUCCUCUGCUGGACCGCGUGAAGAGCACCAGACUGAGUUUCUUCAAGGAUCGCAAUUCCGAUGGGGACGAGAACGAUGGCGACGACGAAGAAGCGGAACGAAUCCAGUUCCGUUCCAUGUGCGAGCUGAGACACCGCGGUCUGACCAGGAACGAGUUCCGGCGGUCUGUCUGCGAGUCUGACCUGAAGGACAUCACGGAGGAAGGGAACGGCCAUGUCAAGAGAAAGAGACGCGCCAAGUCGCAAAGCAGGUUAUCAUACAAAAAGCAGCAGGAAGAGCGAUUCUCCUUCUUAGGCUUUCGCACCUCGACACCUCGGAAACAAUCCGAGUGGCAACCGAAAGAAGGAGAUUCAGUUCGGGAGGACGCGAUGCCUCACGAUUAUCGAUGGGAGAGAACUGAUCAGAGCUUCCUCGAGACAAACCGUGGCGCCGAUCGAUCCAUCGAUCAGGUGAGGGUUGACACGGGAGUACCUAGGCACGCCAGUGAAACGAUUUUCAAGAAGAACGCGACAGCGUUCGACAGCAUCACGCCGUCCAGUUGUCUAGCGGCAAAAUUCCGCGCGAUGCAGGACAGAUACCUGAAGAGCUCAACGAACAAGCUGAUCGCGAAGAUCUACAGGAAGGAUUGCAAAGACCGAGAGAGACGGAGACUACGUAGCUUCUCUUACGGCACUUUGCCGGGUCUCGAGGAGCUACGAACAAAUCCGCUGUACGAGGAUCAAGAUCAGGAUGACAAUGAUUCCGGGAUUCUAGAUAACGAUUCCGCCACCAGCUCCCUUCUGGACGAUAGGUGUAGCAGCGGCGCUUCCGGACCAUUGAACAACAGUAGCCACAAUGACUCUUGUCUAGGAUCGCCACCUCAGCUUCCGCCUAGAAGGCCGUUCUCGUUCGCCACAGAUAUCGAUGGAACCGCGCGACUCUUCGCGAGUUUGGAUGUGUAUUACGACAGAGUCAAGGACAAAGACUCCGGCCUGAAUCUUCUUACUGAGGAAUAUUCGAGCAUCUGUCAAGCCGCGAAUGGUACAUUGAUAGAUCGGCAAGCAGUUCGCGUCUCCGCGGAGAACAACACGGAACAUCGGGAAACAGAGGAAAGAACUGUAGACGGGGAUUCCAAACGGAAGCAACGUAGUUCUGGUUUACAAGUGGUGAGAAGUAGAACCUAUGCAACAGAGACGAUGGUCGUGAAACUUCCCAAGGAGACGUCAGAUCAGUGUCUCGGUAUCUUCAUCGCAAAAACCGCAGAGUCCAGUCCGGGUUACUUGGUGGCUCACGUGGUACCAAACGGACUAGCCGAUAAAGAGGGUACUCUGAGGAUCGGUGACGAAAUUCUGAUUGUCAAUGGGAAAAGAUUACGCGGUCUAAGUAUGGCGGAAGCUAAAAAGAUUCUGGGUAGCGGUAGUGGACCCGGUGACAUCGACAUCGUCGUCUCGCGGUUUUCGGAUGUUGAACAACAAGCUAAAAAAUUAAAGGAGAGCAGCGUGGAUUACGAAAACGUUAGCAUGGAAGACGGUCACGGAGUAAUCGUCGAAAGUUCACCCGGAUUGCAUCACUUCAGAAAACAUCAGACCAGAUGUCAUCGAGACAAAAAAGACGAGUCAAAUAGGUCGAUUUCAUCCGAAAAAUUUACGACAAACAUGGAUAGCGGAUUUACGCAGAGCGUCUCAAAGUUCUGUACUCUUCCCAGAAGGCCGAGAAACACGGUGUCUACGUUCCUUACAGUGCUCUUCGAAAAAGGCGCCGGAAAGAAAUCUUUGGGAUUUACCAUAGUUGGCGGAAGAGAUAGUCCGAAAGGAAGCAUCGGCAUCUUCAUAAAGUCGGUAUUGCCUAACGGACAGGCAGCCGAAGACGGCCGUUUGCGUGCAGGAGACGAGAUUUUGGCUGUGAAUGGCCAAGUUUGCCACGACUUGACGCAUCGUGAAGCCGUACAGCUUUUUCGCAAUAUUAAAAGUGGGCCGGUUGCUUUACACCUGUGUAGACGAAUGAAAAAUCGUGAAUCACAAAUAUCAAAAGCCAAGUCGUGCGCAGAUCUUUUGCUAAUAGACACGUAAAAAGCUGAUAGAUCUGAACGAGAGAUGACGGGGGGGGGGGAGGGGUAUGGUAAAUUAUGUAAAAUACAAAUCAUGUAUAUACUGUACAUUUUCAGAAUUCGCUAGAAAUAAAACAGUUAUUUAAUAA